AUGGUUACUUACAGUAAUAUUCCAAUUGAUUAUAGAGAAAAAAUGCAGAAAUAUCAAGAGUAUAUUGAAGCUUUAGAAGAAGAACGUAGAAAGAUUCGAGUAUUCGAACGUGAGCUUCCUCUUUGUCUUGAACUUGUCUCUCAAGCGAUUGAAAGAUGCAGACAACAAAUGUCGGGGACGAUCAUGGAUUGUGUUAAUGGUCAAUCUGAUCAAUAUUCUGAGCAAACAUCAACUGAAGGUCCAGUUCUAGAAGAGUUUAUUCCCAUUAAACCAGAUUCAUCUACCAAUAAUGAUGAUAUUGAUGCGCAACAAAAGCAACACUUAUCUCGUAAUUCCAAGAUCAUUUGUAGCAAUGAAACAUCGUCUCCAUUUUCUCGGAAAUCAGAUUGGUUAACAUCCGCUCAACUCUCGAUAAAAACCCCAGAUCCACCCAUCGAAGAGGAUUUCUUGUCGAACAAACUGGUAGCAAUGGAGACAAACAGAAAUGGAUAUGGCGCUUUUCAUCCUUUCAUGAAGAAAAGAAGUUUCAGCCCGACACCGAAUAUGGAAGGUGAAAGGUCAUUGACGUGUCCGGCGAUGGUUCUAAACGCUGCCAACAGCUGUUCGGCGGACACAGACGGUGGUGGUGGAAGUAAAGGUGAAGAUAAAGGACUUUAUAAUAAGAAAGAAAGGAGGUGUUGGUCGCCGGAAUUGCACAGACGCUUCCUCCAUGCUCUUCAACAACUUGGUGGUGCUCAUAUUGCUACGCCCAAGCAAAUUAAGGAAUUAAUGAAGGUUGACGGGUUGACGAAUGAUGAGAUUAAAAGCCACUUACAGAAAUAUCGUCUGCAUACUAGAAGGGUGAGUAGUCCAACAAUCCACCAUAACGACCCUCAUCCUUCCCAACUUGUGGUGGUUGGCCGGAUAUGGAUGCCGCCGUUGGAAUAUACCACCACAUCUCCGGCAAUAGAUAACACCAAUAAAGCCAAAGGAGUAUUCACUCCAAUCGCUUCUCUAUCGCCAUCUAUUACUGCAUCUUUAUACAAAACAAAACCUUGCAAUCAACAACCAUAUUUCGAUGGAAAAGGAAGCCAAAGCCAUAGCAAUUCUCCUUCCACCUCCUCCAUGUACACCACCACUGUGUCAACGGCUUUCUGA